AUGUUAAGAUUAUUACAGUUCAAUGACUCGUCUGGAGAAAAAGAAUCUGAGAAAGAAAACAGCAAAGAUGCAGAAAAAGAUGAGGAGAAAGAAAAAGAUGAAGAAAGGAAACUUUCCACACCUCACGCCUUCAGUAAAAUAAAGAAAGAUCACCCACAUGGACACAAGCAUUGCUAUCGGGUGCUGUGUGAACAUGAACAGGGCUGGCAUGUUGCUGGUGAUCCCAUACCUGCUCCAAACAUGAAUGAUACGUUCCUGCACAAGUUGAUUCCGUAUCUGGCCCGCAUCAUGGCCAUUGUGAAGCACAGCAAGCACAUUACACUGAACUGCAUCAGUGGAGAGGAGGGAGAACAGUUCCUCAAAUGGCUGGAAGAGACACCUAGAAAUGCUGUAUCAGAGUGGCAGGAUGUCUACAGAGAUCUCCUCCAGGAAGUAUUGAAAGCUGAUAAAGACAGCACAAUGGCAGGUCUGGCAAGAUGUCACCUGCCUAGUGGUAAAGUGGCCUGGCUGUGUGAAGGGCACCGUUCUCAAGGUCGCAUCACCGUCCUUAGCUCCACUGGCAGCUCAGCUGUGUCAGCGCCAGAUGCCGGGAAAGAGAACUUUAUGUUGAAAGCAUUAAUGGCUCCUGACAACCAGCUGACACUUAAGUACAAGGCACACAAUGAGACACAGAUGGCAGCUGCGAUGAAAGACAAAAAGAAGGCUGAGACAACACAAAAACCUAAGUCAGGAAAAACAGCUCGUCCCUCAGAGACAGGACCCCCCAGUGUCAACCCAUUGGUGGCAGCUACGGCGAAUGCCAUGACACUUGACGCUGUGCAGAGGACAGCAGCAACAGGCAACAACAGCCAGAGAACUAAAGCCAGAUUCAAGGCUGCAGGCAUAGUGGCUGCAGUAGCUGGUCAGAAGAGAAACUCCAGCCAAACUUGUGUUAUUUUAUAGAAAAAGUAUGGUUUGUAGUGAAAGUUUGUUGUAAUGAUGAAACUAAAGUUUGGAUGCUUACAUGUUUUAUUUGGCAGUCCCGAUGUUCUUUGCAGGCCAUGCAGAGAUCUAUUCAAGGAUUAAUUUUCUGUUUCAGAGAGUCGUGCUGUUCACUGUUUUCAGGCAGUCGUGCAUUUUGUUGCAAAUCAUAAUUUUAUGUUUUACAGCAUUUCCAAAUAAAAUGUUGGUUGCAACCUGGAAUUUACAACAGCUGGGCAUGGACUAUGUAUAUUUUUAUGCACAUCUGCAGUAGAUCCAGUUAGAUAUGUAUUCCUGGAUAUACAUAUUUAAAUUAGUCUAUGUCGAAGGAGAUUUUAAACUGAUUCAGAGAUAUUUUUCAUACAUAUGAGGCUUAGAUGUGUUCAAAUGCUACAGUUAUUGGACAAUUUAUAUGAAUGGUCAAUAUUUUUUGAUUAAAAGGAUUUUCUUAACUUUGGGGGCUUUUCAUAUAUUACAUACUCUUCAUAUACAGGUGUGAAUAAACAUUCCGUCCAUUAAAAAACACAGGUCUCUUCUCUGUGAUACAGUGCAUUUUUGCAUUCAGAGUAUCUUUUAUAUUAUAGCAUGAAUUAUAAAUGAUUCCCACUUUUUAUAUGUACUUUGCUUUUUAGAAGUGAUUUUGUAUUUUAUCAUCAUAUUACUAUGUAUUUCUCCUGUUUACAAAUGUUAUAGAUUUCAGAAAUUUCUGUGAUAUUUUGUCUGCAUUGAUUUGAUAACAAUCAAAAGUCAUUGAAUACUCAUUUUGCAUUGGUUAUUAUAGAUUUUUGUCUUUUGUGGUAGACCACAUAUUAUUAAAUGAAAACACUUACUAAUACUUGGUUUAGUUUAGUUAUGUGUGUCUAAACAAUACUUCUGAAUUAUUAAUAAAACUGAUUUUAGCGUGUGGAAUUGGAAUUUGAUGAUAAAUAUGUGCCAUGGUUUAUGUCUACAUAGCUGUAUGAGAUUGUGCGUUCAGCUAUAUAGUAACAGGUAGUAUUUCUAUUGUGAUGCUAAUUAUUUUAUUAAAGUGGAAAGCUAAGAUGGGUGUUUAGACUCAGAAGAUGCUGUGAUGAAGGUAGUGCACAGGGUGCAACUUGUUUCAGCUCCCUGGAGCUUUAUUGUAUAUAAUCUCUGUUUACAUCAAGGUUGACUUUAAACCAUAAAUUGACUAAACUGCAUCAAAUCGUGCCAUCAUAAGAUCAGGUUACAUACAGUACAAACCGUUAGGGACUGCAUUUUUUUAAAAUGCUUUAUUGAGUGGUAUAAUUGUCU